AUGAGUUCUUCGCCUGUUAAUGUAAAAAAGCUGAAGGUGCCGGAGCUGAAAGAGGAGCUCAAGAAGCGGCGCCUUUCCGACAAGGGCCUCAAGGCCGAGCUCAUGGAGCGCCUCCAGGCCGCGCUGGACGACGAGCAGGCCGGCCGCCCCGCCAUGGAGCCCGGGAACGGCAGCCUCGACCUGGGCGGGGAUUCGGCCGGGCGCUCGGGCGCGGGCCUCGAGCAGGAGGCCGCCGGCGGCGGCGACGACGACGAGGAGGAGGAGGAAGAGGAGGAGGAGGGCAACUCGGCCCUGGACGGCGACCAGAUGGAGCUAGGGGAGGAGAACGGGGCCGCGGGGGCGGCCGGCUCGGGCCGGAUGGAGGAGGCCGCCUCGGAGGACGAGAACGGCGACGAUCAGGGCUUCCAGGAGGGGGAGGAUGAACUCGGCGACGAGGAGGAAGGCGCGGGCGACCAGAACGGCCACGGCGAGCAGCAGGCGCAACCGCCGGCGACGCCGCAGCAGCAGCAGCCGGCGGCGGCUCAGCGCGGGGCCGCCAAGGAGGCGGCAGCCAAGAGCGGCGGCCCCACCUCGCUGCUCGCGGUGACGGUGGCGCCGCCCGGGUCGCGGCAGGGCCAGCAGGCGGGAGGUAAGAAGAAGGCGGAAGGCGGCGGAGGCGGCGGUCGCCCCGGGGCUCCGGCGGCGGGAGACGGGAAAACAGAACAGAAAGGCGGAGAUAAAAAGAGAGGUGUGAAAAGACCUCGAGAGGAUCACGGUCGGGGCUAUUUUGAGUACAUCGAAGAGAACAAGUACAGCAGAGCCAAGUCUCCGCAGCCCCCUGUUGAAGAGGAAGAUGAGCAUUUUGAUGACACGGUGGUUUGUCUUGAUACUUAUAACUGUGAUCUACAUUUCAAAAUAUCCCGGGAUCGCCUUAGUGCUUCUUCCCUUACUAUGGAGAGUUUUGCAUUUCUCUGGGCUGGAGGAAGAGCUUCUUAUGGGGUUGCAAAAGGCAAAGUCUGUUUUGAAAUGAAGGUUACAGAGAAGAUCCCAGUAAGGCAUUUAUACACAAAAGAUAUUGAUAUACAUGAAGUUCGGAUUGGCUGGUCGCUAACUACAAGUGGAAUGCUACUUGGUGAAGAAGAGUUUUCUUACGGGUAUUCUUUGAAAGGAAUAAAAACUUGCAACUGUGAGACUGAAGAUUAUGGAGAGAAGUUUGAUGAAAACGAUGUGAUAACAUGUUUUGCUAAUUUUGAAAGUGAUGAAGUUGAGCUCUCCUAUGCUAAGAAUGGACAAGAUCUUGGUGUUGCUUUCAAAAUCAGUAAGGAAGUUCUUGCUGGACGACCACUCUUUCCACAUGUUCUUUGCCACAACUGUGCAGUUGAAUUUAACUUUGGUCAGAAGGAAAAGCCAUAUUUUCCAAUACCGGAAGAGUAUACUUUUAUCCAGAAUGUCCCCCUUGAGGAUCGCGUCAGAGGACCAAAAGGGCCUGAAGAGAAGAAAGAUUGUGAAGUUGUAAUGAUGAUUGGCUUGCCAGGUGCAGGAAAAACCACCUGGGUUACUAAACAUGCGGCAGAAAAUCCUGGUAAAUACAACAUUCUUGGGACAAAUACCAUUAUGGAUAAAAUGAUGGUGGCAGGUUUUAAGAAGCAAAUGGCAGAUACUGGAAAAUUGAACACCCUGUUGCAGAGAGCUCCACAGUGUCUGGGGAAAUUUAUUGAGAUUGCAGCCCGCAAAAAGAGAAAUUUCAUUCUGGAUCAGACAAAUGUGUCUGCUGCUGCCCAGAGGAGAAAAAUGUGCCUGUUUGCAGGCUUUCAACGAAAAGCUGUUGUUGUGUGCCCGAAAGACGAGGACUAUAAGCAGAGAACACAGAAGAAAGCAGAAGUAGAGGGCAAAGACCUUCCAGAGCAUGCAGUUCUCAAAAUGAAAGGAAAUUUCACGCUACCAGAAGUGGCUGAGUGCUUUGAUGAAAUAACAUAUGUUGAACUCCAGAAAGAGGAAGCUCAGAAACUUCUGGAGCAGUAUAAGGAAGAAAGCAAAAAGGCUCUUCCCCCAGAAAAGAAACAAAACACUGGCUCAAAGAAGAGCAAUAAAAACAAGAGUGGUAAAAACCAGUUUAACAGAGGUGGUGGCCAUAGAGGACGUGGAGGAUUCAACAUGCGUGGUGGAAAUUUCAGAGGGGGAG